AAUUACUACUAUUCAAUUACACUUCUUUCGCUCUUUCUUUCCCUUCGAAAUACUCUUCAACUUUUCAGCAAAUUUCAAGUGAUUUUCUUCAACAAUAAAAAUGGCGAUCCCAAUACCUCAUCGUCAGCUAUUCAUUGAUGGCGAAUGGAAAGAACCCAUGAAGAAGAAUCGCAUUCCAGUCAUCAAUCCUUCCACUGAAGAGAUCAUCGGUGAUAUUCCGGCGGCCACUGCUGAAGAUGUGGAUAUUGCAGUGAUUGCAGCUCGAAGAGCCCUUAAGAGGAACAAUGGGGAAGAGUGGGCAUCUGCUUCUGGAGCUCAUCGAGCUAAGUACUUACGUGCUAUCGCUGCGAAGGUAACAGAAAGAAAAGAUCAGUUUGCAAAACUUGAAGCCAGGGACUGUGGGAAACCUCUGGAUGAAGCAGCAUGGGACAUCGAUGAUGUUGCUGCAUGUUUCGAAUACUAUGCUGAUCAAGCAGAAGCCCUUGAUGCUAAACAAAAGGCUCCAAUUGCCCUUCCUAUGGAGACAUUCAAAUGUCAUGUGCUCAGGCAGCCUAUUGGUGUGGUUGGGUUAAUUUCUCCAUGGAAUUACCCACUUCUAAUGGCUACGUGGAAAGUUGCUCCAGCUCUGGCCGCUGGUUGUGCAGCUAUACUUAAACCGUCAGAAUUGGCAUCUGUGACGUGUCUAGAAUUGGCUGAUGUGUGCAGAGAAGUGGGACUGCCUCCUGGCGUGUUUAAUGUUUUGACAGGAUUAGGUCCAGAAGCUGGUGGCCCAUUAGCAUGUCAUCCUGAUGUUGACAAGGUUGCAUUUACUGGGAGUACUGCUACUGGUAGCAAGGUUAUGUCUUCAGCUGCCCAAAUGGUCAAGCCCGUAACAUUAGAACUUGGAGGGAAAAGUCCUAUUAUUGUGUUUGAUGAUGUUGAAUUGGAUAAAGCUGCUGAAUGGGCUGUUUUUGGCUGCUUUUGGACAAAUGGUCAAAUCUGCAGUGCAACCUCUAGACUGAUUGUGCAUGAAAGCAUUGCAGCUGAAUUUUUGGAUAGACUUGUAAAAUGGUGCAAAAACAUAAAAAUUUCUGACCCAUUUGAGGACGGGUGCCGGCUUGGUCCUGUUGUCAGCAAGGGACAGUACGAAAAAAUUCUGAAGUUCAUUUCAACAGCAAAGAAUGAGGGUGCAACUAUUUUAUGUGGAGGUUCCCGUCCUGAGCAUUUGAAGAAAGGAUAUUUUAUUGAACCAACAAUUAUAAGUGAUGUCUCCACGUCCAUGCAAAUAUGGAAGGAGGAAGUUUUUGGCCCUGUCUUAUGUGUUAAAACAUUUAGUUCCGAUGACGAGGCCAUUGAAUUGGCAAAUGACAGCCAGUUUGGUUUAGGUGCUGCUGUGCUAUCCAAGGAUCUUCAAAGAUGUGAGAAAGUGACAAAGGCACUGGAAGCUGGAAUUGUUUGGGUUAACUGCUCACAACCAUGCUUUUGCCAAGCUCCAUGGGGAGGCAUUAAGCGUAGUGGUUUUGGACGUGAGCUUGGGGAAUGGGGUCUCGACAAUUACUUGAAUAUCAAACAGGUGACCGAGUAUAUUUCCGACGAGCCAUGGGGAUGGUACAAGUCUCCCUCAAAACUGUGAGGAAAUGCCUCAAGGUCCUACUGAAGUGACAAGCAUGAUAUGCAGACAUUUAACCUGUCACUCAGAGACAUCGAGGAACUUGUCAUGAUUUAAAGAGAGAGCUUAGUGAUAGUUUGAAUAAAAGGGGUUGAAUUUGAAGUGUAUGCAGGUUUAUUAUUAUGUGUGUGCACCAUUGUAUCCUGGGAUUUCCUUAUCAGCAGUGUAGACAUUUUCUCUCUUUUGAGAAGUAAGUGUAGACGUGAUCCUUUCUUUAAUAGACAUACCAUUUUUAUUA